AGACAGCGUUUUAUCCCACAAGCUUAGUUUGGGAAAUACUUUUGCCACGAGACCAAUUUGGUAAAUGAUUUGCCAGCUCAAUUUGGUAAAAAGUUUUCCUUUUUCCGUUGCUUUAACUUCAAAUUAAAAAAAUAAAAAUAAAAAAAAUCAAAUUUAAAACAAUGCCCAAACACCGUAUCGUCUCUCACCUUCUAGGGUUUCGAAAGAGCAGCAGCGGUCACAACAACUGCCCUGCUCUCUCACUUCUUCCUUCAUCCAACCUCCAAACCAUGCUUCAAUGGCGGCAGCUUGAUCUCUUCCUCUAACCUCCCUUUUUCUCUCUCCUCCCUUUAACAAUGCAAGACCAAAACCCCCCUGAAACCGAAGCUCAAGCUCCAGAAACCCUAGACUCAGAUAAAAUUCCACCUCCUCCGAUAAAUUCCGGCGCAGAAUCCGAUGAAUUUGACUCAAUUAUCGAUGUUUCCGACAAGGAUUUAGAUCUUCCACUCUCUCUCCUCGACGGCGAUGGUGGGAAGUCGGCGGAAGGGUUGUAUGUGUAUCGUAAUGUGUUCAAUUUGAUACCCAAAUCGUUGGGGAAUUUUGGGGGAACGUUGAAGAAGCUUAAAUUUUUUGCUAAUGAGGUUAAUUUGUUUCCGCAAGAGGUUAGGGAUUUGGUGGAGCUUCAAUGUUUGCAAGUUAAGGUAUCCCCAAUUAGUCUUAUGGGUUUGCCUCUUAGCAAGUUGAAGUCUUUGAAGGAACUCGAGCUUUCGAAAGUGCCACCAAAGCGGUCCGGGUUCCCCAUUAUGGCUGAGAUUUCUGCCCUUAAGUGUUUAACCAAGCUAUCAGUUUGCCAUUUUUCUAUCAGAUACCUUCCUCCUGAAAUUAGCUGCCUGGUUAAUCUGGAGUAUUUGGAUCUGUCAUUCAAUAAGAUGAGAGGUUUACCACAGGAAAUAAGCUCAUUAAAGGCCCUCGUCUCACUCAAAGUUGCUAAUAAUAAGCUAGUUGAGCUACCAGCUGGAUUGUCCACUCUACAAAAAUUGGAGAAUUUAGAUUUAUCCAGGAAUAGGUUGACAUCUCUUGGACUGCUUGAACUUAGCUCGAUGCAAAGCCUUCAGAAGCUGAAUCUUCAGUACAAUAAGCUUCUCAGUUGCGAAAUACCUGCAUGGGUUUGCUGCAAUAUGGAGGGUAAUGGAAGUGGCGUCUGCAGUGAUGACAUUAUCAAUUCUACUGUUGAGAUGGAUGUUUUGGAAGCAACAAUUGAUGACAAUGGAAGCAUUUCUUGUGAUGCAUCUUCUAAUUCUACCUCAUAUCAUGUACCUGGGUCUUCAUUGAUUGAUAGAUGUUUUGGUAAACGGCGAUUAGGUAAGCGGUGGAAGAGAAGGCAAUAUUUACAGCAACGUGCUCGCCAAGAGAGAUUACAUCAUAGCAGAAAAUGGAAAAUUGAAGACCAUGGUGAUACUUUCACUAUCAAAUCUAGUGAAAAGUGCAGAAGUUGCGAACGAGCGCCACUUGCAUCUGACUCUAUUUCUGAGUGUGCUACUGACAUUACUUGUGUUGAGGACCAAUGUAAGCAGUCACUAUAUGGGGAAAAUGAGGGUUGUGCAGAAUUUCUUGAUACCGUUGAUGAUAGUGUGAAAUCAAAGAAGGAAAUUGAUUUGAACAACUCCAAUGAUAUUGAAGACGAGGCCAACAGUGAAGGAGAAAAUGACACUUAUUGCUGUGAUGCUCCAUCAACUUGCAUAUGCAGUUUGGGUGAUAACAUUGAUAAGGCUAAAGAAAGUAUUUCUUCCCCAGUCUCAAAAGCUUCCCACAAGUGUAAAAGGCAGUCAGAUAAAUAUCUUGAUAAUCCAAAGCCCAGAAAGUCUCGGAGAUCAACUGAUGAUCAGGCUGCUACUUCUCGCAUGUAUAAUUUCACAUCUUUCUGUGGUGUUAAGGAUCAUCUACCGGAUGGGUUUUAUGAUGCUGGACGUGAUAGACCUUUUAUGUCACUGAGGGAUUAUGAGCAAAAUUUUGAGAUCCAUUCUCGUGAAGUGAUUCUACUUGACAGGGAAAGGGAUGAAGAACUGGAUGGAAUAUUGUUGUCAGCUCAAGCAAUGGUUCUUCGCUUGAAGAAGUUGACUGGCUUGAGGCUGAGAAGAGACCUGACAGCUGAUGAUAAUUUUCUGGUUGCUUCCUGGCUUGCACUAUUUGUCUCAGAUCAUUUUGGAGGUGGGGACAGGAUUUAUUCCCUUGAUAGAGUUAGAAAAGAUGUUUCUGGUUCGAACUAUCAGAAGCCUUUUGUUUGUACUUGUGCUGUUGGGAAUAGUCAGAAUGGGAUGGUGGCCUCAAAGAAGAAUACUCAUGCUGUGGAAGAUGUUGUUUUACAAGAUAUCUGUGAGAAAUCCCUUCAAACUAUCAAAGCGAGGCGCAAUUCUGUUGUUGUGCCUUUAGGGGCUUUGCAACUUGGUGUAUGUAGACAUAGGGCAGUUCUUAUGAAGUACUUGUGCGAUCGAAUGGAGCCUCCUGUGCCUUGUGAGCUGAUUCGAGGUUACCUGGACUUUUCUCCACAUGCCUGGAAUGCAGUCCUUGUCCAGAAGGGUGGAUUAUGGGUUCGCAUGAUAGUUGAUGCUUGUCGUCCACAUGAUAUACGGGAGGAGAUGGAUCCGGAGUACUUGUGCAGGUACAUUCCGCUCACUCGGAUUAUUUCCCCAAAACUUGCUCCUAGCGAUCCUGUUUCGACUGGUUUUCCUUCGAUCACUGAAUGUGAAGAAAUUGAAAAAGUUGCUUCUAGCUCUCUCAUUUUAUGCAUAGUGGGAUCAGUUGAAGCUGCAGCAAAGGUCCGUACUUUAGAGGUAUCCGCAAUUGCCCUGGAUGAAAUCAGGAAUUUUGAAUUUACCUGCAUAGGGGAAGUAAGAAUUUUGAGUGCUCUAAAGAAAAACCCAUGCAUAGUUGAGAUUUAUGGGCAUAAGAUUUCUUCAGACUGGAUACCUGCAUCUUCAUCUGAUGAAAAGCCUGAGCGUCGUAUGCUUCGUUCUGCGAUUUUUAUGGAAUAUGUUGGAGGGGGCUCUCUGAAGAAUUACAUAGAGAAGCUGUUGAAAACUGGCAAGAAGCAUGUACCUGCUCAUCUUGCUUUGUGCAUUGCUAGAGAUGUUUCAUGUGCACUGAAGGAGUUGCAUUCCAAGCACAUUAUUCAUCGUGACAUCAAGAGCGAGAAUAUUCUAAUUGAUUUGGAUCAGAAGAGAGCUGAUGGAAUGCCUGUUAUCAAGCUUUCUGACUUUGACAGAGCCGUUCCUCUUCGAUCCUCCUUGCAUACAUGUUGUAUUUCCCAUGUAGGUAUACCUCCACCUGAUAUGUGUGUUGGAACACCCCGCUGGAUGGCUCCCGAGGUAUUGCAGGCAAUGCAUGAACGUAAAACCUAUGGCCUGGAAGUUGAUAUUUGGUCCUAUGGAUGCUUGCUCUUGGAAUUGUUAACCUUGCAAAUCCCAUAUUCAGGAUUACCUGACUCAAACAUUCACGAUCUUUUACAAAAUGGCAAGAGACCCCUAUUAAAUGGUGAAAUUGAAAAGCUGGGGUCGUUGGAGCAACAUUCCGGAUUAAAUUCUUGUACAGAAAUUGAGGGAGAAGACAGCGAAUUGGAGGGUUUGAGAUUCUUGGUAGAUCUGUUCCAUCAAUGCACAAAUGGGAAUCCUGAUGAGCGCCCAACAGCUGAAGAUAUUUAUGAUAUGCUGCUCGCAAAGACUAGUUCUUUCACUGCUGCUGCCAAUUAGGUAUAAUAAUGUACCUUUGUAAUCUAGAUUUAUAUUUGGCAUCACAAAUUUUGUAGACGUAGGAUAAAGGGAGCUACAACGUUGUGUCCGGGAUCAGAAGUUCUUGUCACUUCAAUGAUAUCAUUUAUUUAGAAUUCUAGGCUGUUGUUUAAUUCCGUUUUUCUAUUUAUUGGAAGUUAUCUUAAGCUGUAGUUCCCAUUAAUAACAAUAAAUAUUAUUGUAGUUGUAUUUGUAUUCGUGUAACAAUAAGUGUUACUCCGUAUUGUGUCGAUAGUGAAUUUUCAUUAUGUUUACACCAGUACUAGGUUGAUAGUUUUCAUUAUUGUUUCAGACCUAAUGUAAUAUACUAUGUAUAAGCUGAUUUGAGUUUCUAUGUCAUAUCCUUUCUUUUGGAAGUUCUA